UUUCCUUCCUCCGAACCCAGACCAGACCGCGGCCGGCGGCAGGGCAGCAGGCGGCCAUGGAGCUGUCGAUGAGCGGUGGCGCGUUGCGGACGUUCGCUCGGUGCGUGACCUUCCUCGCGCGCGUCAGCUCCGAGCUCGUCCUCCAGGCCCACCCCGCCAAGCGGCCGGCCUCUAGUCUCGAGCUGGUCAUGCUCAACAGCUCACGUUCGGCGUACGCGUCCGUCUCCCUCGCGCGCGACUUCUUCGACCACUUCCACCUCGCUUCCGCUUCGGCGCCGUCGUCCACGCCGCUCCAGUGCAGCGUCCUCCUCAAGUCCGUGCUCGCCGUCCUCCGCACGCCGCCCGCCGCGCUCGACCGCAUCGCCGUCUCCCUCCCCGAUCCCGACGCGUCCAAGCUCCAGUUCACACUCCACUGCCUCAACGGUACGCAUACAAAUUUUGUGAGGAAGACGUACUGGACCGCCUGGGCGCAGGUGCUGGUGCUCGACAGGGGAUGGUUCCCGAGCCACCUCGCCAUCCGGCCGCCGGACCUCGCGCGCCUGCUCUCCAACUUCCAGUCCUUGCUGCAGGAACUCACAGUCAUUGCCACCGAUCCUGCGGCAGGGCUGCCUGACGCCGGCGGGGCCGUUGGGGAAAAGGCCGUCGAGCUCCGGAGCUACAUUGACCCGACGAAAGAUGACUGUGACACGAGACUGCACACGCAGCUGUGGAUCGACCCUGCAGAGGAGUUCGUGGAGUAUGUCCAUGCUGGUGAUCCGGUGGAUGUCACCUUUGGGGUAAAAGAACUGAAGGUGAUCUAUGAUCAGUCUUUUGCUCUUGUAAUGAGAAAUAAAUUGGAAUACAGUGUGCCUUUAAUUGAAUCAAAGAAUAUUUUUGUAGGAGCAGCAAGGAAUUAUGGAAAAUAUAUGUUUGUCUCUGUUGGCACAUGCAUUACAUUUUCAACUCCUAUUGUGAAUACAAGAAAUAUAGUUCCAAGUUAAAACUUCUUUCAGUGUCUUUCUAAAACUAUGUAUUUCACUAUUUUGUCUUUGCUAGAUGUUUGUUAGUUCUUGUAUUUAUAGUUACUAGAAGGAUGUUACUUCACGAGUUCAUGACAAGUGGUAUGCUUGGAAGUUCAUAUAUUCUGCUUCUAGGUUCGUUUGAAAAAGACCAAUCAUGUUUGACAUUUGAUGACGGUGAUUGCUUUGUUUUUCUCAUCCAGUAAUAAUAAUGUAGUCUUCACAUAUUUCCUCCUUUUCCCCUUACAAACUAGACUUUUCUGACAUUUUGUGAUGGAUGUGAGGUUGACAUUCUCCUAUUCUUUGAGAACACUGGCGAGUAAGUUGUCAUGCUUAUGGAAUUUUGUUUUCUUUUCGAAUUGGUCCUCAUGAACUUUCUUUGAAUUGAGUCCUGUCCUUUUGGUUCCAAGAUUCGGAUUGGAUGAUGGAUCAAGUUCUGAUUUUGAUGCUACUCUAGUUCUUGCCACUAUGACUGUAUCGCAACUAAUUGACAGCAUUUGUG